UACUUAUCUAUUGCUGUUUCCAUAGUGAUUGUCAAUCAACAAACGGAGACCAAUGUUACUGUUAAAGAAGGUGAAGAUAUCAAGAUUAACUGUUCUAACAGUGCUCAAGGAGAAGGCCAGUGGAAGAACGAAGAUGGAACUGAUAUCAAGCUAUCAAGCAGGAUAAGGAUUGAAGGCAACAACAUAUUGGUUAUCACCAACAGCUCACAGGACGAUGCUGGCGUAUACAAGUGUUUAAGGGGAAAUAGUAUAAAUAUCGUGAACCUGAGAGUCAAAGUGACCGUGAAAGUGAAGAUUAGUCUUCGUAUCCUGAACUGGAAUUUUACAAAUGAGAUCAAAGACAAAACUACUUCUGAUUACAAAAAAUUCGAAGACAAUUUCAAAGCGCAGAUGGCUGUAGUGUACAAAAACCUUGAAGGAUACGCUGGAGUAGAAAUCCUAGAAAUACGUAAUGGUAGCAUCAGAGUCAUUUUCCGUGUGAUCGUGGUUCAAGUCGUUAAUAAAAAAGGCGAAACAACAAUUAAAAGGAUAGUUGUUGCUCAGAAAAUCGUCGAUCAGACCAAGACUGGAUGGAUAAAUGAUAAUUUACAAGUUGACACGAGCCCCGAAGCAUUUGAAACAGACUCACCUCCGCCACAGCCAGAAAAUGUCACUCUUAUCGAGGCCACAGAUGAUGGCGCAGAAAUAGCAUGGGAUAAACCUCAGAACCACAUCUAUUAUGGUAUAAAGGGAUAUCUUAUUGAGUACUGGGUAUUUUCGCAGCCGAAAAAUAAAGAAAACACAGGCAUCAUCAAAGGUCAACGAUCGAAAAUAACAGGCUUAAAAGAUGGCACUGCUUAUGUGGCAAGAGUGGUUGGCAUGAACCAGGAAAGAGGACAGGAGAGCGAUAACAUUGACAUAAGAACCAAAGAAGCUGUACUGGCUGGCUGGAUCAUUGCCCUCAUUGUCAUCUUCAGUAUCCUAUUUCUGCUCAUCAUUAUUGCUGUUAUUAUUUUCCUGUGCCGCCGAAGGAGGGUGCAAAAAGAAAAAGAAAAACAAGAAAUGUUUGCGAUGAGUAGCAUUAGGCAAGAAAAGAUCAAUGAAGUAGAAAAGGGCCAGCCACAUCUAAAAUCCUUCACCAACAAAACGUACGAUAUGUCUGAUGGUAGUUGGAUAGACUUUCCAAGAGAAAGUCUGGUGCUGCAGGAUGUACUCGGGUCUGGAGAAUUUGGUGUUGUACACAGAGGGAAGCUCAUGCAAGAUGGAAAAACCAUAGAAUGUGCAGUCAAGACUCUAAAAGGUGAUGCAGGACCAGAACAGUACCGUGCGUUGUAUGAAGAACUCGAGAUUAUGGCCAACAUUGGAAAUCAUCCAAACCUGGUCAAUCUUAUCGGGGCAACUGCUGAAGAAGAUAAAUUAUAUGUCAUCGUGGAGUUUGCGCGACAUGGAUCGCUGAUUGAGUAUCUUAGAAGUCAAAGGCUCAAACCCGAAAAAGAAUAUGAAUUUGAACUAAAAUACGUAAACAGGUUGCGUAUUGCGCUGGAUGUUGCUAAAGGGAUGGCUUUUCUGCAGAGUAAAAGGUGCGUUCAUCGUGACCUGGCUGCAAGGAACGUUCUGUUGGCAGACGACUUUGUUGCAAAGGUAGCAGACUUUGGCUUGUCACGUGAUAUCUACGAAACGGGAGAAUACGAGAAGACUACUGGGGGGAAAGUACCGACCAGAUGGAUGGCCAUCGAGUCCUUAGAGAUAAGGAAAUUUACUCUGAAGUCUGACAUUUGGUCAUUUGGUGUCCUUCUUUGGGAGAUUGAAACCAAAGGUCUGAUGCCCCAUGGAGCGGUCUCCUACAUCGAACUUGUUGACAGACUUAAAAGAGGGCAUAGACUUGAGCAACCGAAUGGAACACCCGAUGAAUUGUAUGCUUUAAUGCAGAAAUGUUGGGCAGCAGAUCCUUCUGACCGUCCAAAUUUCCUUGACGUUCGUGACACGCUGGAGACCUUGCUCAGUGAUGCGGAUGACUAUUUGGAAGAAAACCCUUACGUGGCCUGAGUCUCGGAAGCAGUUUUGCAGGAUACGACGUCUUGCCAGACACCGAAUAGAUUAAGCUCAAAUAAUUUUACAGUGUACUAAAGUAAUACGAGCAUUACGAGGCAAUUUUCUGUUCUUUUCGCAGGACAGUAAAUUCAUGACACAAUUUAUAAUCAAUUUUCCGCGACCAGAGUUUUAAUUUUUUUGAUAUUUUAGUUAAAUUGUUGAGCUUGUAGGACAUAGCAAUGGUAACUAGUGGAAGUCGGAACGAUUAAUAUACUAUUACACUUCAUAAUGAUAAUCUAAUACUUAAUACUCAAUGCAACUUUGCGUUCUAUCCACUCCAUUUCGCAGAACUAGUAAUUAGCUAUCUAGUUGUUAGCUACCUCGGCUGACGUAAAAAAGCAAUAUAAAUUUAGAGAAAAGAGUCCUGGAUGUCCUGAAUAAGAAGCUUGUUAAAACGAUUGGAUCGCGUAAAGGAUUUUUUUCUGGAUCCACCUCCGCCCUGGUCUUCUACGCAGCCGCUAUUAGUGUCGUCACGCAACGCUCUACUUAGGGGAGUGAGCGUUGCGUGACGAGACUACCUCAACCUAUAAUCACUUUCUUCUCCAUAUUUUAUUAUAUCUUAAGCUUUGCGAUUCGUAUUUAUACUCACACCAAGAAUAAAUUGAAUACGGAGCACAACAUUUUAAUCAAGUUUGAUGUUUACUUUGUGAUGUGGUGCAAAUUUUGUAUAGAGGCUUUAUACCAUCACGUGAUGGCAGCCACGACAGGACUUAUGUGUUGUGGCUCCUGUCAUGGCUGCAUCAAAAUGAUCACCUUAGUCUAUAUGUUGCGUAUGUAAUUUUACUAGAUUCUAUUGAGAACAUCACGUCAUAGUCUUAUCUGAUCAGUUUACAAGGAAAACAAUUCAUUUCACCAGAGGAUAUUGUCAGUGCCUCCUGUCAUGGUUGCUAUCAUGUGAUGGUACAAAGCCUCCAUAUAGUGGUUUCGUGACUGCAAUAGAUAGAAAAUACCCUAUUGGAAUUGAAAUCUCUGCUCAAACAAAAAUUCAAACCAAUUCUUAUCCUCGGACAGUAUCAGCAUUUGAGUAUUCAUAUAGAAUAUGCGCAAUAUUAGUAUCAAAUAUUAUCAGGCGAUAUCCCAGUAGCCUCCUAUGCAGCCGCUAUUGGUGUAAUCACGCGGCGCUCACUAAAAUCUAAGCCGUCAGAAGGAGUUAAUUUACUAAUUAUUGUAGAUAGAAAAGCCCCGCAAUAACUUUAAGAUAAUUGUCAGAGUUAAACAAAAGUAUCGAAUUUAAUUUUUUUACGCAAAAGAGUUGAAAGGGUCAGUUUUCGGCUGUAUUACAAAAGUUCAAGAUUCCAAAUUUGCUUUUGUCCAGAAGAUUAGCGCCCAGUCAUAAAUCCAGAGAAGUCGUACACCAAGUUAACUUGCACUAAUAACAAAACUGACAUUUAGUCUUAGCUUAAAUAAAUAAGAUGCUUACUUCGCUCA